ACAUGACAUUCAAUUCUUCUGGUGAAAAAAAUUAUGGGUAGUGAAAGGGAAGAGUGUGAACGCGUUUUCAAGCGCUUUGAUGUGAAUGGCGAUGGCAAUAUCUCCUUGUCUGAGUUUGCAGAUGCUCUCAAAGUGCUAGGCUUAACUUCACAGGAGGAAGUUGAGCGUCGAAUGGCAGAGAUUGAUAAAGACGGUGAUGGACACAUUACACUUAAUGAGUUGAUUGAAUUUCAUACUGCCAACCCUAGCUUGAUGAAGGAUGUCUUGAAGAAACUCUAAUUCCUUUCAUUCUUAUCAUGAAAUCAUAUUUCUAUAUAUCAUUACAUAUAUCUUUUGAUAUUUAAGAAUUGUUUUGGUUUAUUUUGUGGGGGAUUCAUGAGGGCUUCUCCUUUGGUUGCUAUGAGAAGGUAGUGUGCCUCAAGCUCCAUCAUCAUCCUCAUCAUGCACCAUUCCAAAUUCUUCGUUGUUUUUAGUUUAUCUUUUAAAAAGUUACACCAAGUCCCUGUUAGUCUCACCUUUGGACAAACCUUUAAAGACACUUGUGGAUGUGCUUUUCAAGGUUUCUUUUCCUUUUAGCAGGAUAUUACUCGUAUAUUUGUUGUUCUAUGUAUGUUCUUUGGAUGAAAAUAAUAAAAUGUGAUUAAAGGUAUUUUCAUUUUUAUUUAAAUUAUAUUUUUUA